AUGGAAGAGGACAAACAAAACGUAAAGCAAAGCGUCAGCAGGUUUCUGCACACAGAAAGCUUAUAUGAAAUGCUGCCCCCUUCAGGCAAAGUGCUAGUUUUAGACAAAGAUUUAUGCUUAUUAGAUGUUAUCGAGCUAAGUUUGGGCCAUCGUCAAGAUGUCGCUCUCAUAUGAGAUCCUGAAAACUUGAAUUUCGUAGGAGUUGUGACUGACCGUGAUUUAUUAGAAAUCAUAAUUUCUCAAUACAGUGAAGACGAUAUGGAGCUUGAAGAGCUGCAGAUCAUUACCAAAUUAAAAUUAUGCCAUUUCCUAUUGAUUUUUCUAAUAAAAUUAUAUAAAAAUAUCAGUUAAAUUUACUAUAAAAUACUAUAAAAACACUUUCAGUAUGAAGAGAAGAAACUUCACAGUCAGGCUUUAUCGCAGUCACCAGUGACGAUAACUUAUUAAGCGCGACUCAGCUUCUAAAAAACAACCAUUUACACAGAAUUCCUAUAAUAGAGCCAAAGCAAAACUUAGUCCUCGGAAUUUUGAGCAUGGAAGCAGUCUUAAGAUUUUUUGUGGAAAAUUAUGUGGCUGACUCAACUUUAUUUGAUUUGCCAUUAAAAGAGUUCAAUAUUGGGACAACGCAGAACAUUACCACGAUUUCUUCAGACGCUACUUUAAUUCAAGCUUUAAGAGUCAUGGCAAACAAUAAAUUGUCCUCUUUACCAUUAUUAGACGAAACAAACAGGGUCGCUGGGGUGUUAUUUUUGUCUGAUAUCCCACAGAUUAUUAGGUCUGGGAAUUAUUUGACACCUCAGACUUCUAUAUUAACAGUCCUUGGAGAGAUAUGCUUUUUAAAAAAAAAAUAAAAAAAAUUAAUUUUAUUUAAAAAAAUAAUUUAUUUAUAAAAAAAUAGGAUAAAUAAUGAAAGUGAGGACUAUGGACUGUCUAGAUUUGGAAUAAUUACUGAAGACGACACCAUGAAAACAAUGAUACAAAAACUUGCAGCGUCUCAUGAGAGGAAACUUUAUAAGCUGAAUGAUAAUCGACUAGAAAUGAUUAUCACUGAGUCAGAUUUAUUUGGGUAUUUCAUAUAA